AUGCUUACUUCUCUUCGUGUAUCAAUUCCUAGCAAAGGUUAUCUUUUAGGUCCAGCUAUCAUUGAUAAAGCUACAAAUAUAUCAAAAUGUUAUCGCUUUUUAAAAGUACCAUAUGCUUUACCCCCAAUUGGUGAACGACGUUGGCAAAAGCCUUUUCCACUCCCUCUUAAAUUCUCGUAUGGCUCUGAAGAUGAUCCACCAAUAUAUAAUAUACCGUCUUUCCCAUGUCCGCAAACUUCACAAUUCAUAGACAUAGGUCCCUCGACUGAGGAUUGUUUACAUUCCAAUAUUUACGUACCCCUGGGAAUCCCACCUUUGAGUGGCUGGCCAGUAUUCUUUUAUAUCCGAUCCAAUAACUCGGAUGAUCCAUCUUCAUUGUUGGCCGAGACGGACUUCAAAUGUAUCAUUGUAUGCCCAGCUUAUCGACUCGGAGUAUUAGGAUUUCUGGCUGGAAGAGAAUUAUGGGAUGACACCUCAGCUGGAAACUUGGGAUUUUGGGAUCAAAGAGCCGCUCUUGAAUGGACAUAUGAUAAUAUCGAGUCUUUUGGUGGCAACAAAGAGAAUAUUACUGUUGGUGGUUUAUCCGCUGGUUCUUAUUCUACCUUUUAUCAAUUGGCUUAUGAUAUCGGUCGAGAUUCCAGACGACAAAUCAUUCGUAGGGUAAUUCAAUGGUCAAAUGGUUGUGGAGUGGAACCCAAACAAAUCUCUGAGGCUCAAGAACAAUUCGAUGAUUUACUUUCCGUCUUGGGAAUUCCUCAAUCUUUGAGUGGGAAAGAAAAGGUGGAAGUUCUUCGUACAAAGAGUUCUGAUGAAUUGAUCUCCGCAGUUGGGAAGAUGAAGCAAGUAUUUAUUCGACCAUUCUUGGAUGGUAAAUUCAUCUCGAAGGAUUUGUUCCCAAGUAUCUAUGAUGGCUCAUUUGGGAAAAGGAUGAAAGAACUCGGUAUCAGAACCAUCAUUGGGGAUCUUACUCAGGAAUUUCAGGUUUACAAAAAUGUGUUCCCUCCAAGCUCCCAUGAGACUUUGGUCAAUCGUCUCUCGUGGGAUUACCCUCAAAGUAUCGUAAAGGUAAUUUGCGAGAAAUACAAACCGGACCAUGCUUCUCCUAAUCCGCCGGCGACAUAUUGGAUUGAUAUCUUUGGUAAAUUAUAUGCUGAUUUACAAGUCCAUUCUACCAUGCGCGGUUUUCUUGAAUCAAUAUCUUCACACGUACCACUUCACAAUAUACAUCGAUGUAAAAUUGAUUGGAGGACCGAAAGUGUAGACAAAAGGUAUCCCAAAGAGUUUGGUGCAACUCACGGAACUGAUAUGUCAAUUUGGUUCUUUGGGAAUGGUGAUUCUUUGACCGAGAGGGAGAAGGAAUUGUUGAAAGAAUGGUUGAAGCCAAUGAUUGCGUUCAUCAAUGGCGAAGAUGUUGAUUGGGGUACACGGUCAAUUAAGGAUGUUAGAAUUCUUACUUCGGAUGGGAAGAUUGAAAUAAGGGAAGAUGAGAUAUAUGAAGAGAAGCUUGAAUUAUGGAAACUCGUCAAGAUGGCCACCAAAUUUCGGGGGGAGAAAUUCGAACAUAAGAUUGAGGUUCUCAAAUAUGCCGAACAAGAUUCCUCUUCUAAAUCUUUGGCCGAAACUAAGAAGACGCAAGAUCCUAGAGAACUCAUCGCUCAUGUCGCAGCACAGGAAUUUUCUUCGGGUAUGAAUUGUAAUCUUGGUGUCGGUAUACCAACUAUGACUGCUGGUUUUGCUGCUAGUAUGGGUAUUCAUGUAUUUCUUCAAAGUGAGAAUGGUAUGACAGGUUGCGGACCAUAUCCAGGAAAAGGCAAGGAAGAUUCGGAUUGGAUUAAUGCGGGUAAAGAAUCGGUGACACCAUUACCAGGUGCCAGUAAAUUCGGAAGCGAUGAGAGUUUUGGACAGAUUAGGGGAGGUCAUAUGGAUAUGACUGUUCUAGGAGCUCUUGAAUGUAGUCAGUAUGGAGAUGUGGCUAAUUAUAUGAUUCCUGGAAAAAUGGUAAAGGGAAUGGGUGGUGCUAUGGAUCUUGUUUCCAAUCCACAAAAAACAAAGGUUAUGGUUGUUCAAACCCAUGUUGACAAAUAUGUGACUGAUUUGGCAGUCUUUGAUGUGAAUCAUGAGAAGGGUUUGACUUUAAGGAAAUACAAUCCAAAUGUCAGUAUCGAUGAAAUUAAAGAGGAGACAGAUUGUGAGUUUAGGACAGGAAAGGAUUGUAAAGCUUGGGUAUUGUAA